UAUUUGGCAAGUUACCUUUCUUUCCUAUGUUUCCUCGUACAACUUCCCCUACGUUGUUGUCUUUGCAACCAAUGAACCAACAACCUCAAUUUCCACAACCUACAAAUCAAAAUGCAACCUUUCUUCUUCCUUCUCCUACUAUUCACCUCUUCCUUCAUUCCCACGCAAUCACAAUCUCAACCUCAACCCCAAAACCAAGCUUUCAUAUCCCUAUUAAUCACCCAAAACGGCCUUAAUUUCGUGAAAAACAUACUCACUCAAAAGGCAAUUUCUUCAAUAGUUUCACUCCAAUUACCCAAUAUUGAAAAGGGUACAAGAAUUCCAAUGUUGGGUAGUGUUUACUUUGUGCUUUCUAAUAUCACAAUAUAUGAAAUUGAUGUUGAUUCUUCUAAUGUCAAGCCUGGUGAGAAUGGAAUUGAGAUUUUAGCUUCUGGGGUUAGUUGUAAUAUGAGUUUGGAUUGGUCUUAUGAGUAUAGUAGUAUUUGGUUUGGUCCUGUUAAGGUUUCUGAUCAAGGUUCAGCACAAGUUCAGGUUGAAGGCAUGAAAGUUGAACUUAAAUUGGGAUUGGAGAACCAGGAAGGAUAUUUGGAUCUCAAACUUAAGGACUGUGAUUCUUCUGUUAAAGAUAUUUCAAUAAAAUUGGACGGAGGUGCAUCUUGGCUUUAUCAAGGGAUUCUUGAUGCUUUUGAAGGGAAUAUUGGAUCAGCAGUAGAAAAUGCUAUCACCAAGAAACUUGGAGAAGGUAUUACAAGGCUGGACUCGUAUUUGAAAAGUCUUCCGAAGGAGGUUCCGGUCGAUGAUCACUCUUCGUUGAAUGUAACUUUUGUCAACAAUGUUUUACUAAGUGAUUCGUCGAUUGGGUUUGAAACGAAUGGGUUAUUUAUAAAAAGAAAUGAUUCCCUGCCUAUUCCUAACCUCUGGCACAAGAACUCAAAACUUCCAAUUCUAUGCACAAAUUCAUCGAAAAUGCUAGCAAUCUCUUUAGACGAGGCUGUUUUCAACUCUGCAUCAUCCUUGUAUUAUGAUGCGAAAUUUAUGCAUUGGAUUGUGGACAAAAUACCAGAUCAAUCUCUAUUGAACACUGCAGGAUGGAGAUUUAUUAUUCCUCAAUUGUACAGGAAAUACCCAAAUCAUGAAAUGAACUUGAAUAUAUCUUUGUCUUCUCCUCCGGUUGUGGAGAUUUCAGAUCAGAAAGCUGGUGUUGAAAUAUUUGCAGAUUUAACAAUUGAUGUUUUGGAAGAAGAUAAAGUAAUACCAGUGGCAUGCAUCUCAUUGAUGAUUCAAGCUUCAGGUUUGGUCAAAAUAAAUGGAAAUAACCUCGUCGGUACCAUCAGAUUGGGUGACUUUGGAAUGUCAUUGAAAUGGAGCAACAUUGGCAAUCUGCGAAUGUUCCUUAUUCAGCCAGUUAUGUGGACGAUUAUCGAAACAGUCUUCUUGCCAUAUGCAAAUGCACAUCUAAGUAAAGGGUUACCCUUGCCCAUUAUUCAUGGUUUCACCUUACAAGAUGCAGAGAUAAUCUUGUCAUCGUCAAGAGUCGCAGUUUGUAGUGAUGUAUCAUUUGCAGAAUCAAACAAACAUUUCUUACAAUCUCAUUGAGUAGAUAAAAUGUGUUUUUUGAUGCAUUUGUAAAUAUUUGAAGAUAGAAAUCAAGAUGAUAUCUUGACCAAAAAAAAGAAAGAAAUCAAGAUGAUAUGUCUCCUUAUGCUAUCUUCUGUUAUUUGUUAAUUUUUUAGGUAAUGAGAGGCAACCAUCAUGCCUAGAUCUAGAUGUAUAAAAUACAGGCAUUAAUACAACUAUACAAGUACUUGCUGCAUGAA